AUGUCAUCAUCACCAAAACGAAGCAAAUUUGAGGAUUCCGAGGUAAUUGAAAACUGAUUAGACUAAGAAGUUUCCUAUUCAUUCAUUUUUACAGAAUGCAUUCUAUUCCAAUCCUGUUAUAAUAAAAGAAUUAGUUUUAAAACAUAAAUUCGAAAAUUUGAAUGGUUGGAAUGGAAAAUUGAAAUACAGUGAUUGUUUGGAAAGAGACAAUUUCAAAUGGUUUGUUUUUUCUAAACUUUGUGUUUAAAUUUCAUAAAUAAUCAUUGUUAUAUUCAGGAAAAUCGGCAUUCGACGUAUCAAACAAGUUUCUGAUGAAAACACUGGCGUUUACAAUGUGAACAUAUCCGCUUUCGAAGUGCAUUUGGAGCUGAUUCAAUCUUGUAUUUUUGGAAAUGCAUGGUUAUCAAAAAUUGACGGAUGUUAUAAGUUAUUGAAGCAAGAUGGCACUUCUGAUCAUUUAUCAUUCAAUUUUUCACCUCGCACAUGUUUCCAUCAAACUUUUCGAAAAAACAUUACGAACUUGUUUGGCGAUUGGUCAGAUUUGAAAAAUGAAGGAUAUUUGAAAGACAACAGUAUUGAAAUUGAAGCACAUUUCGAUUUCUCUUUCUAUGAUUUCAAUCGAAAAAUUCCUAAUUUCACAAAUAUUCAAAUCGCCACUGAAGACAACACAAUUUAUCAUUUCAAUAAAGAAGUAAGGUUUUUUUCAGAUAUGACAUAAUUUUAAAAGUUUCAUUUUCAGGUUCUUUGUUCUCACUCAAAGUUUUUCUUUGAUUUGCUGACUGUAAAUAAUCUCGAGACGCCAUUAUUAAAUUUGCGAGUUGGAGAACAUUUCAAACUUGGACAUUUUCUGGCAACAAUGUGCCCAGUUCCACUCGAAAUUCGAGGUUUUUGUCAAAAUUUAUCAGUGUAUAUUUCAGAAAAUGGUUUUUUCAGAGGAGAAUCAUUCAUUUUUGAAAAAGAUAGCAAAUAAUUUCGAUGUUCCUUCGCUCAAACACAAAUGUGAUGAAUUUUCUCGAAAACAAUUAAAACGUGUCGAAGUCGCAAGUAUUCGCAAAAAAUCGAAUGUAAUUCCAUUUCAACCGAAUCCAAUUGUGAAAAAUGGAAAUAUUUUGAGAUGGGAUAUUGAAAAUAUGAACGAAUGGGAUGGAAAUGUUCGAUAUAGUGAUAUUAUUUAUACGGAUGAUAUUGGAUGGUAUGUUCUGAUUACUAGAUUAAUUAAUUAAAAGGAAAUGCUUACAGGAAAGUUGGAAUGACUCGAGAAAAUGAUAAAAUCAAGAUUGAUAUGAUACUUGUGUCUGUUUCUGAUAUGGUUGAUGGAAAAGAAUGGUUGUUAAAAACUGAUGGACAAAUCAAAUUAUUAUCGAAUGAAACUGUAAAAUAUCAAAUUCAUGAAAUUAAUUCUUCAAAAUGUUUUAAUUUUGAAAUGCUCACAUAUUCAUCUGCAAACUUCACAAUGUGGGAUUUUAAUGAAUAUGAAGGAUCAAAUACAUCGAUGACAAUUGAAAUUGGAUUUCGUUACACAUUUUAUGAUUUCACUUCGAGAAUUUCCAAUACUUCAAAUAUCACUUUAAUUGUGAAAGACUGUGUGUUUCAUUUUAAUAAGGAGGUUAGUUAUUUUUUAUAUUUUCAGUUCUCUCAAUAUUUUUAAUUCAAUCUUUCAGGUUUUAUGCAUGAAUUCAAUGUUCUUUUAUUACAAAUUCUACCGAGAUAAUAUCGAUAAAUCCAGUUUUGAGAUUGAAAACAUUGAACCCUUUAUAUUUUCUCAAUUUUUGGCAACGAUGUGUUCAAUUUCAUUGCCAAUUACUGGUAAGUUUUAGAGUAUUUCAUUUUUUACCCUAAUAGUAAGUAUAUCUUCCAAAAUUUCAGCUGAAAACGUACAAUGCCUUUCUGAACUUGCAAUCCUAUUCGAAGUUCCAUCGUUGCAUACAAAAUGCGACGAGUUUUUGAUGAAAUAUUACGAAAUCAAUAUUCCAUUCACUAUUUUAUACGCACAAGCUUCAAAUAACGAAACUCUAAUGGUAAGGUUUUUCUUUGAAAACCAAUAUUUUGAAUUACAAUUAAAAAAUUUUAAGAGAAAGUGUCUGGAAACCUUCCAAUCUUCGGAAGAUUUAAAAGUUCUGAAAAAUUCAGAAACUUUCGAAAAACUCGAAAAUAAAACGAAAAUUUGUAUUUUCAACUCUUUGAUGGAAAAAAUCUGA